GGCCCGCUUCGACACAGCAGCAACAACAACAAACAAACGGCCCUCUUCAGGGCCACCCAAUUGCUUACUGCAAAGGCUUUGCACUGCGUUGAAACCCAAACGCGAGCUGUUGGAUGCGCAUAAGAGCAAGUAAGUUUUGCUGGGGGCACAUUUCUUGGGCUGGCGUGAGCACGGGGCCUUUAUUGUCGUGCGUGGCGCGCGCUCUUCGUAGUGCUCUCGUUGUCCCAAACGCCCAAGGAGUUUGCCGCCAGCGAAACGGGAAGCGAACGUUUCCCAUGAUGCUCAUAAGCGACAGUGCUAAUAAACAGAAGGAAAGGUGCCUUUUCUUUUCUUUUUUUUUUUUUUUUACACGCGCCAAAGCGGUGUGUUUUGUUCCAUCAGGUUUUUAAAAAUUUAAAGCGGAUCCCUUAGCUGCAUAGGUGAUUGAAUAACUGACUAAAUAAAUGAAUGAAGGAAUAAAUAAAUAAAACGAGUGAACGGGAAGCGCGGCAUUCGACCGACCGCUCCGGAAUUCCGAGAGCCGCCAGCCAUGGCGCGGUUCUGUCUGUAUGUUGACGCGCUUUUGCACAAAAGGGGACGGCGAGAAGACCAUGUUACCGUUAACAAGACAGACGACGACUAAUAUUAACGAUAAAUAAAUAAAGGGGUGGGAGGUAACGUUGUCACCACUCGAGCGACAGGAAAAGGCGCAAACGCGCCGUCAUGCAUGCAAGAAACAGGACACAAAGCAGAUUCAGGGUUUUUUCUACUCGCAGUGCGCUAGCCCACCGUGACAAACAUGUGGUGGUCCUGAAAAGGACCGUUUUGUGUUCUUCCUCGCGGUGUCCGGUAGGCUUAGGCCUUCUUCUCCGUCUUCUUGGGCAGGAGGACGGCCUGGAUGUUGGGCAACACGCCACCCUGCGCGAUGGUGACGCCCGACAGCAGCUUGUUCAACUCCUCGUCGUUGCGGAUGGCCAGCUGGAGGUGACGGGGGAUGAUCCUCGUCUUCUUGUUGUCGCGAGCGGCGUUGCCCGCCAACUCGAGCACUUCAGCAGCGAGGUAUUCGAGCACGGCGGCCAGGUAAACGGGGGCGCCUGCUCCCACACGCUCGGCGUAGUUGCCCUUGCGCAGGAGACGAUGAAUACGACCGACGGGAAACUGGAGCCCUGCCCUGCUGGACCGGGUCUUGCUCUUUCCCUUGGCUUUUCCACCUUUUCCACGACCUGACAUGAUGUUGACGCUAGAGAGGUUAACGACAGACUGGCCGAAGCCACUAAGCAAUGCUGGCGAGCAUUUUGCGGCGCCUGCCGGCAUUCGGGAGACGCGCGGUCACGUGGCGGAGAAAGCGCACCAAUGGCGGGCCGCUCACGGCGCGACUGAGCCCGGCGGGAAGCAGCGAAUGGCGUUCCCGCGUACGGUUCCCCGAAAAGCAAGGCUUGCAGCGAGCGACGGGCGGUUCGAGAAGGGAAACGGGCAUUCCUCUCCGAGUACGUUGCUGGAAGCACUGCCAUCAUGCCACCCCAACCUUCGGGCAAAGCGGUCAAGAAGGCCGGCAAGGCGCAGAAGAACGUCCGUGCCACGGACAAGAAGAAGAAGAAGCGCAGGAGGAAGGAGAGCUUCAGCAUCUACAUCUACAAAGUCCUGAAGCAGGUACAUCCCGACACGGGCGUUUCCAGCAAGGCCAUGUCCAUCAUGAACAGCUUCGUGAACGACAUCUUCGAGCGCAUCGCUGCCGAGUCCUCGCGCCUGGCGCACUACAACAAGCGGUCGACCAUCACCAGUAGGGAGAUACAGACCGCCGUGCGCCUGCUGCUGCCCGGCGAGCUGGCCAAGCACGCCGUGUCCGAAGGUACCAAGGCCGUCACCAAGUACACGAGCUCCAAGUAAGCUGCGGUUCGACCACCACCCAGAACAACCAAAGGCCCUUUUCAGGGCCACCCCAAAUGCUUUCCGCAGGGGCGGAGCGUUCUUGCGUGACAUGUAGAAAAAACCCAAAAUGCUCUUGUGUCUGUCUGUGUGUGUGUGUGUGUAUGUAUGUCUCUGUCUGUGCGCGCCUGACUCUUUGCUUUUUUCUUUAUUUGUUUGCGUACGUACGUAUGUAUGUAUGUAUUUAUUUAUUUACUGGUGUGCUCCCUUUUCUUUCGUGUGGUGCGACGCCACGGCAGAAUAAUAAUAAUAAUAACAACAGUAAUAAAGAGGGAGCGACACAAAUAAAUUAGCAGACAAGCGGGAGUGAUACAAAAAAAAAAAAAAAAAACAGAAUACAAGCAAGCAACACAUAAAUAAAUAAAUAAAUACACAAACACAAUGCGCACGAAACUGCAAACCGUUGCGCUCGCGCCAAUGACGCGCGGAGUGCGAAAACAAUAGUGGAAAUUAAAGGAAGAGAGAGAAAGAAUAACAGGAGGCACUGUUGCAGGCAGCGAAAAUCAUGCGGACACAGUGAACGACUAGGAAAAAAAAGAAGAAAAAAAAGAAAA